AUGAUGGUGGAAACCAUGGAAAAGGGUCUCAUUGACCUGAAUGGUUUGACGACAAUGCUCGGCUCGCCAUCGGUUUCGACACACCCCUGCUCGCUGUGUUCGAAGUCGUUCCCGAAUUCUAAACUUCUACAACAACACCAACAGACGUUUCACACGGACAAGGCAUUCGUGUGCGAGAUUUGCGGGAAGGCGUUCCGCUUUCGGUCGAACCUCGCCGAGCACCGCUCCGUCCACACCGCCCUAAAGCCCUUCGUCUGCCGAUACUGCGGCAAAUCCUCCCGCCUCAAAGGCAACCUGACCAAGCACAUCCUCAAGCACCACAAGAAAGAGCAAAACGAGCAGAUUGGCAAAAAUGACAUCAUCAUUAAAAAGGGCAAAAAAUCGGUGAAAGACCCGGCCGCUGUCGACUUUCUGGAAAAGUCCAUGUUCGUUAUCGGGCCCACCAAGGGAGCUCCUCCUCAAGAGGUGCCCGUAUCUUUGUUGCCGAAGGCUGAACCGGAAACGCCAAACUGUGGAAAGGCCUUCUUCGUCUCGUUCGGCUUUGACCAGAGUAGUAUGGACUUGACAGAUUCGCACGAUGAGAAUGGAAUGGACAGCCCUGAAGAUACCUCCUCCGUGACGGACUCGAUUCUGUUGAAGCAGGAAAUGGACAGUGAUGCAUCACCAAACAGUCCGCAAAACCAUCACUCAACGGUAUGCGAAGGUUUUUCGAUUGGCGGUGCUGCUGGAUUGAACGCUUUGCUGGCCAGCGUCUCCUGUACACCCCCACCUCGUGAAAAGACCGAGUCACCAUCAGUUACUGCAAGCAUUUCACCACCUGCAUCUCUACCAAAAUACGAUGGGACGCAGUGUCACGAGUGCGGCAAACACUUCCGAAAAGGAUCGCAGCUGAAGAACCACCUCCUCCUCUUCCAUGGGUUCCCCGGCCUUGAGAAGUCUGCCAAUGAGAUGAAGCCCGAGCCGGAGGGGAUGAGUGAUCCGGGCAGUGGAAGUGCAAAGGAUUCGAGUAUUUUCUCUGAUGUGGUACAUGAGCCAACAGUCGGCGAAGUGGCAGCCAUGCAAAACGACAUCCGCACCAUCAAAAAUGCCGUCUCCGAUAUCCGACACGAGAUGCGAACCCAUAAGCCCGAGCCGAGCAACACCCUCGAGACGCGGGUCAGCCGAAUGGAGAAGCAGAUCGAGAUGGCGCUCAACAGCAUCUACACCCUUGUCCAAUUACAAACCGGUAUCACCUCGUCAAUCACUAAAUUCCGCGAAAGUAUGGAAAGUGACAUGUUGGAUCUCAAAAACUGCCGGUGUCGCCAAGAAGAAAAU